AUGUCUCUAUCAAAACAAUCCAUUCAAUCAUAUUAUAUGGAAUUUUUACGUUGUGCUAAAUGUUCACAUGAUUUGCAAUAUGAAAAUCCAUUAUAUUAUCCAAUAACAUUACCUAUAUGUGGUCAUACAAUGUGUAAACAAUGUAUUAAUAUAAUACGUAAUGAAACAAAAUGUCCACAAGACCAAAUUUCAUUUAAAAUAAAUCAUACACCAAUUGAUCAAUUACCAAUAAAUUAUCCAUUAUUAAUGAUUUUUUACGACUCAUCAAAAGCAAAUAUUUUUAUAUUAAUUAUUAAACAUUAG